CACAUAAGAAUACAAAUUUUAUUAUGUUAAUCAGUGCGUAUUCUAUCUACAUUGCUUUUUGGUUUGCUGACCGCGAUAUCUUCAUGCGCUAUCACUGGGGCCUUGCCCCCGGACAUGUCUAUACCAGAGACUCACAAACGCUCACCGAAAGACAGCCAAAUCCAACAGCAGCACCUGCGAUGAACAAUGACCCAGCUGAUAUAAUAUCAAUGGUUGAGCCUGAAGAAACACCUCCACGUCAACCUAUAGACCUGGACAACAUCAGCCUCAGCGGUUCAGAUGUGGAAGAGGUGGAAGAGGGCCCAUACAACUCCGAUGUUUUAGAUUUUAUGGAGAGUUCUGGGGAUAGUUCCGAGUCAGACUUGGACAUUAAUGAUGCAGAUGAGAUUGAGUUGGAUAGGAUUGAAGAUUACAUUGAUAUGUACAGUGACGACUUGGCACAAGACUAUGGACACUUUGACUAGUACCCCAUCAGAUUUUUACCCUUUUUUUUGACGUGCUUUUAUGCUCACUGGAGUUCAGUCUGGAACUCUGGUCAGGAAGAUAUGUUCUUACAAAUUGUUAUACUCAGUUGGGCUUAACCUGUUGUUUGAUAUCAGACAGGCUGUUCAAUAUGGGAUAAAGAUGUACUGACACGAAAUCACAAUUAA